AUGCACAGCUCAACUGUUGCGUGGGGAUUUGCCCUUGUAUCCGCAAUCAUCAGCGGUGCUGCGGCGGACUACAAGGUUCCAGACACUGUAUAUCGAGGUGAUCAUCGCAGCCCCUUGAUUAUUUAUCGACAAGGCGGUUUCUUUCCUAGAGGUCGCGCUGUGGGUGUAGCUCCGGAUCCGAACUUCCCUUACUCGAAGCACAUCGACUUCGAUGCCAUGGAAGACGAUAACUUGAAAAGUUCUUGGCUGUCGGUAACGAGCGAAUGGAAGGCGGCGAAAUUGCAUAUUCGGUUUGCUGUCAAUGAAAACCAGGAUCAGGACACUUAUGUCUACCAUAUUAAUACAAAAGAUCCAGAGCCAAUUUUGUUCAAGUAUAUCACGGCGUGUGAUGUUAUCGGCAAAAACGGUCAAAUCAAGAAGAAGUGGGUUAAGGCGGACGCUGAGCGGGAGAUCGCGGCUAAACAGGCUAAACAAGGGUUGGCUCAAAACAGUCCGCCUCGAGUUGGGUCGCCGACUCUUAUGCGGCCUAACUCCAAAGGGGCCCACCGCCAGGGGUCUCAGCACGGGGCGGCUCAGCAAAAUGCACACCCUUGGGGGGCUCAAAACGGGGCAGCUGUAGAGAUGGCCCCCCUCAAGGGGAAUUAA